AUGGAGGCUCAUCGUCGACGCCAGCACCACAGCUGCGAUCCAUGUCGGAAGGGGAAGCGGGCGUGCGAUGCGCCUGCUCGUAGAGACCGGCACGCGGACGCCGGCAGCCGAAGGGUGCUAGCAGAGAGCAACCUCAACAUCCCGUGCUCGAACUGCAGGAAAUACAAUCGAGAAUGCACGUUCAACUGGUUAGUCGAGAACCGCGCCGCCGCACGGGCGGGUCGAAAGCAGAAGAGCCGUAAUGUGAGCAACUUGCCUCGAGCGGACGACGUGAGUUCGAGUCGCUCGGGAACCGACCUGCUGGACGAUCUGCGGUACUCCUCGUCGUGGCUAUCCAACAGUCCUGGGAAUGGGGUGUCGUCGAACGGUUCGACGGAGGACCAGCCCGGGACGUGGUCGAUGCCGUCGAAUGCCGUCUCGAUACCGCUGAGAAGCAAGGAGUCGGAACUCGAUCCGUUCAGUGUCAUGCUGUGGAAUGCAAAUACAGCACACGUACCGCCGAGCAAUGCGGAAACGGCGGGCUCGGCUGAGGACACUUGUUCGAGUCUGGACUACUACCAGCAGAGCUUGUCCAGUUCGGGACCGCACUCGCUCGACGAGACGCUAGAUCUACUUCAACAGUUCGAUGAUUCGAGUCCAGGAUUGAGUAGCUCGUAUUACUCUUCGCCACCUGGCUUUGUGAUUCCGGAAGGUAGUGACGGUCUACCGACAUUCCCGGCAGACAGUCUCUAUCCCUCCGGGAACAAAGAUAGUCUAUUUGUUCUUUCCGAUAACAUCUCAGACAGCUAUGCCCGCUCGAUGAUGACACAGAAUCUUAUCCGCAUAUACCAUGACAGCAUGGAGAAUGCGUUGUCCUGCUGGCUCACGGAGCAAAACUGUCCCUACAACACGGCAGUCCCGUACACCUCACCGAGCGGGCUCGCCAGUAAGGCACAAGCGGCAUGGGCCCCGAACUGGACGAACCGGAUCUGUACUCGGGUCUGUCGGCUCGAUCGAGCGUAUGCAUCCGUCCGUGGGCGAAACCUCAGCGCCGCAGAAGAGAAAAUGGCAUCGAGAGCGCUCCACACCGCCAUCAUGGCGUUCGCCUCGCAGUGGGCGCAGAAGAUGCCCAGAAGCAAUGGCUUUUCUCUUACCUCGCCCGUCGCGCAGCACGAGCGUGUCAUCCGGGAGAAUCUGUGGAACCAGGCGCGGCGUGCUCUGGAGAAUGCAGCGGGUAUCCCUUCGUUCCGGGUUGCGUUUGCGAACAUCAUCUUCUCCAUCGGACAGCGUCCGCUCAAUGUCGAUGAGGACAUGGAGCUGCAUGAGUUGCUGGAGAAUGACAGCGCGCCGUUGUUCAUGGAGGCGGCGGUGCGACAGCUGUUUUCAAUCCGAUAUAAACUGACCCGUCUCGAGCGGCAGAAGCCAAAGUCGCGAAGUUCGCCAGAGCAGAGCAAGAUCGAUCUCGCCAGUAUGGAUAUGCCGUCGCCACAGACGGAUGCGUUCUAUGCCGACCCGGAGCACCAGGAAACCGUCAACCUCCUGUUCUGGCUGGUGGUCAUGUUCGACACCCUGCAGGCGGCCAUGUAUCAGCGUCCCCUCGCCAUCUCCGACGAGGACAGCCAGAUCACGUCCGUGUCACCGGCGGUCUCCAACGCCAAACCCGACAGCAGCGUCGACCUCGACGGCUGGAACAUCACGUACUCCCGCGCCCUGAAAGAGAAACAAGACCUCUGGGGCGACUUCUUCCUCCACAAACGCGCCGCACGCCAGGGCGCGAACCCACCCCGCUGGCCCUGCUCCUACGAAGAAGCCGCCGAGAUCCUCUCCGACGCCAGCCCCGUCAAAGUCCUCCUCUUCCGACAAGUCACCCGCCUCCAGACCCUCGUCUACCGCGGCGCCAGUCCCGACCUCCUGGAGGAGAUCAUCCAAAAGACGCUGCGCAUCUACCAACACUGGAACACCACCUACAAGCAAUUCUUCCAGAGCUGCAACGCAAACCACGACGAUCUGCCCCCGCGCAUCCAGUCGUGGUACGUCAUCGUCGCAGGGCACUGGCAUCUCGCCGCCAUGCUGCUCGCCGACACCGUCAAGGGCAUCGACGAGGGCCACCUCGGCCUGGACAGCCGGCGCGAAGCCCGCACCGCAAUCGACUUCGUCGCCACCCUCCGGCGGGACAACGCGCUGGCCGUCGGGGCCAUCGCUCAGCGCUCCCUGCAGGGGCGGGACUCCCUGGCCAACCGCAUCCAGUUCUACCACGACGCCGUGAACGAGGCCGCGUUUCUGACGGAGCCGUGGACGCUCGUCCUGAUUCGCUGUUUCGCCAAGGCGGCGUAUAUUCUGCUAGACGACAUCACGCCGCAGUCGCACGGCGCGCGGCCGGACGACCCGUCCGAGUACGCCCGGCGGAACUGCGAGUUCUGUAUCUCGGCGCUGUGGUGUCUGGGGACGAAAUCGGACAUGGCGUUUGUGGCUGCGCGCUCGUUGUCGAAGCUGCUGGAUACGCGACUAGGGAAAGGUGUCGAUCAGUUCUGUUCCGUAGGGGAGGGUGCUCGGAUUCCGUCCAUGCCGCUUUUUGAUGAACGGGGAUCGGGCGAGUUGGGCAGUGUCGGGAUCUCGGUGUAG